ACUGAAAUCGCUUGAGGUAUGCCCGACUUCCAGAUAUUUCAUGAUUGCGCGAAAUUUUCCCCGGUUGCACUACAGUAUCUAACUUUGGAGGUUGAAUGGACUCAUUUGUGUACCUAUACAAUAUCUCAGAAUUCAAUAACUUUUGAGGAAUGCUACCUUGUGCCUACUUCAUGGGACCUGUUCCUGAUCAGAGAGAUGACUGCCGUCAAGUUCCUAAUCGAGAUGCGACCAGCAUUGAUUUAGCGGACAUUGGAGUGGAGAUGUCAAAUAUCGAUAUGAGUCCUGACUGGGAGAAUCAUCUAGACAACCUCGUCAGUGUUUAUGAAAUGAAUCAUCGCGACGAGAUACAUAUAUCCAGGGCUACUAUGCCAGAUUUCGACUCUAAGAUGAAGACUUUCUUCGAAGAACAUUUGCAUCGCGAUCCGGAGAUACGAUUUAUUAAGUCUGGAAGCGGAUAUUUCGAUGUGCGCAGUAAAAAUGACGAAUGGAUCAGGAUUCCCGUGAAGAGCGGCGAUUUUUUGUAUCUGCCGUCUGGGAUAUAUCACCGAUUUACUACAGACUGGAAAGAAAAUAUUGUGGCUAUACGCCUUUUUCGCUCGUGUCCGAAAUGGGAGGCCUUACCUCGAUGGAGCGGCGGAGACUCUGUGGAAGAGAGAGCGAAAUACAUAGAGAUUAUAAAUGCUGUAAAGCAGUCCUGAUGCCAUUGUUUACGAGUAUUUGCAAAAUGUGAUGAUCAUUGCACUUACAAUAUCCUAGGACUACCUCCCUUCAUCUUUGUAAAUCGUGAUUUGCCAUGGCUCUUACAUGCAGAGUAUUGCUCAAAACAUUCCACUAGUUAUUUGCUGCGAGAUUUAUUAGCUAUUUAUGAACAUGGAGAAAAUAAAAGAAACUCUGCAUAAACAUACGAAAAGAU